AUGCAAUCUGGAGCGAUCAGUACUAGUAGCGGUGUUGGCACGAACAUGGGCUCCCCAUGGAUGAAUGACGAAAAAGAGCAACAAGGCCCCAACCACAUUCGUCGAAGGUCUCGUGACCAUGGAUUGUCGCCCAAGGCAAAGCGCAUCGAUUGGAAGGGAUCCACUCUCUAUGACCGCCAGGAACAGGAAGAAAAACUGAUGGCAGCCUACAAGAGAAGUAUCCAACAAUCUGAGAUUGUCUUGAUCACAGGAGCCAGUGGAACAGGCAAGACAGUCCUAGCAAAGACAUUGCUGCCACACGUCAAGGCUGACGGAGGACUCAUGUUCAAAGGCAAAUUCGAUCAGAAUCAGUAUGUCACCGAAAGCUCUCCAUGCUUUUCAGCUUUUCAACAUUUUGCCCGGAUUAUUGUCGCCCGCGGGGAUGAAGAGGCAAAAAUGGUACGAAAAGCCAUUGAAGCCGAAUUGGGGCAAGGUGAAAUUGACCUGUUAUUGGAAAUCAUUCCAGAAAUGGCAGAGCUACUGACGCCGGAGGAAUGGAAAAUAAUUGUUUCCAAACGAGAAGAACAAGCUGCUACUAGUACCGGCAUGGACUCUUCUUCGCACACCAGUCGGGACUUGGAUUUUGAUCUCUCUGAUAGCCCUUCCAAAGUGGCCUCGGUCUACAGACGAUUUCUGCGUUGUGUUUCCUCGCCAGAACGACCGAUCGUUUUGUUCCUUGAUGAUCUCCAAUGGGCUGAUGACACCACACUGACCAUCCUGUCCCAAAUGGCAAAUGAGACACCAGAUGAAAACAAGAAUGCAGGUUUCUUGUUCCUUGGGACUGUCAGAGGCAACGAAGUUGCUGUGUAUUCCCAGCUAUCUGUGGUUCUAAGGAAGUUGGAUGAUGCGGGAGUUGUGAUAAAUGAUAUCCAAGUCAACAAUCUCAGCCCGGAAGGAUUGAAUGAAAUGAUCUCUUCGGUCUUGGGAUUAUCCUCAACAGAAAGUCAGCCCCUGGCAGAAGUGGUGUACAAACAGACCCAAGGAAAUGCCUUCUUUUCCAUCCAGUAUCUUCGCAGCCUAAAGCAGGAAGGUAUUCUGUAUCACACAGGGGACCAUGAUGGGGCACCGGGAAAAUGGGCUUGGCAAGAUGAUGCAUUGAUCUUGUCACUAGAAGAAAGUGGACACGACGACAAUAAUGAUUUGAUUGUAACACUGCUUUCGCACAAGAUGAGAGAAGUCUCCUCAGAUGUGAAGGAGGUCAUGAAGGUUGCGGCUUGUUUGGGAACAGAAUUCUCGGAGGACCUCUUGUGUCAUUCCGGGGCAGCUGCGGCAAUACAAGUGUCAUUUGCACUUGAUGUUGCAGAGGAGAUGGGUUUCAUAACCUAUGACUGUGAGGCUGGGACUGGUCAUUUUAAUCAUGACAAGUUCCAGGAGACUUUCUACUCUCUUAUUCCUGAUGAGGACAAGGCAACAUAUCACCUUCAGAUUGGGCGCAACCUCAGACGUCAACUCACACCCUCCAAUGUCAAGAAAAAUCUUUCUGUGGUGCUCAGCCAGAUUACAUUUGGGUUGGACCAAAUGACAGAUCCAGAAGAAAGAGAAGAAUGGGCAUGCUUGUGUCUUCGUGCUGGGCGAAAAGCUGGUAAGACUGCCGCCUUCACAUCUGGCUUGGAAUAUGUUGAAUUGGGCAUCAAAUUGUUGGGCCGACGAAAUUGGAGAGAUCAGUAUAAUCUCAGCUUGGAUCUUUACAGCGCUGCUGCUGAAAUGGCAUACUGCUGUGGUGACCAUGAUAAGGUGGAUGAAUUGACCAGUGCUAUAUUGGAUAAUGCCCUUGGUUCAGAUGACAAGCUGACAGCUCAGGUCACAAAAAUCACAUCUUUGGCUGCCAGGUUCCAAACCAGAGCUGCCAUUGAUUACUGCAUUGACAUCUUACGUGGUAUGGGUCAUUCCUUUCCACGGAAGCCAACGGUGCCACGGAUAGUGAUUGCCAUUAUCAAGCUAAGGCUACUGCUUUCGCGAUAUUCUGAUGCCGAUAUCAUGCGUCUCCCUGCUCUCGAUGAUUCCAAAACAAGUUCAGCUAUGGUUGUUAUUAAUCAGUUGUUCAACUUGGUGCAACAGGAGCGACUAGAGUUCUCUAUUUUGAUUGCACUGCGGCUGGUACAAUUGACACUGAAGCAUGGCUUGAGCCCCAUCAGUAGUGGAUCGUUUGCCUUCUAUGGAGCUGCAUUGGCAAGGACUGGACACACCAAUGAAGCUUUUCGAUAUGCACAGCUAAGCUUCCGUAUACUUGAAAAAUAUCCUUCUGAGCCAUGGAUGGCCCGUUGUUUGCUGGUCACUGCAGGCACAUCAAUAUGUAUGAAGGUGCCAUUGCCUGACAUCCUACCAAAUCUGAUGAAAGGCCAUCAGCUGGGCUUGAAGUGUGGGGACUUGGAGGCUGGCUUCCUCUGUGCAGUAUGGUACUCCCUGAUCAGGAUAUUCAUUGGAAAUCCCAUUUCAACGGUAGCAAAACGUUUGCAUCACCUGAUGCAACUCUGCCGUGACUACAACCAGGAUCUGACCUUCACCAUGGCUGCCUAUUGCCACCAGUUCUGCUUGAAUUUGAUGGGCCAGGGAAAAGAACCCUUGGUGGUAACUGGGGAUUAUGUUGAUGAGGUAGAAACUGGGGAAGAAGCUCUGCAAAGUCAUAGAAUCAUGUUCAGGGCUUGUGCUGCAUGCAUGAAGUACAUGCUGGCUAUUUACCAUGAUCAAUAUGAUGCAGCUGAAGCCUUUCGCAAGGAUCGGCGCCUGUUAUUUUUGCCCUACAACAGAACAGCUGUUCCAACAAUGGGACUUCUGCAUGUUUUCCACGAAGGCUUGGUUGCUGUGUCAAGUGGAAGAAUUCGGGUUGCACGCAACCGUCUCAAAAUAUUGCAGAGAUCCAUGGUUGCAGACUGUCCUGAAACUGUGACUCACAAAGUGUACCUUUUGGAUGCAGAAAUCCUUGCUUAUGGGGGCCAUCAUGAUGAUGCCCUCUGCCGGUAUGAGUUGUCCAUCAAGUAUGCUGCAAAGAAUGGCUACACCAAUGAAGGUGGUCUGGCAAAUGAAAUGGCUGGAAGGAUGCUUGAGAGAUAUGGUCACCAAAGGUCAAAGGCACUUGUCUUUUAUUCACAAGCCAGAGAUCUCUAUUCCUCCUGGGGGUGUGAAUGCAAGGUGGCAUCUAUGGAUGAAGCGAUUGCAACGCUGCAUUUGAAUGGCCAUGGAGAGAAAUGA